AUGAAAGAUCUAGGGGAAUUGAGGUACUUUCUUGGCAUUGAGUUUGCAAGGUCAAAAUAUGGAAUACUAAUGAACCAAAUAAAGUAUGCUUUGGAGUUGAUAUCAGAAUGUGGUUUAGCUAGUUCAAAGCCAACAAACACUCCACUUGAUAAGAACCAAAAGCUCACAAGCCUGGAAUAUGACAAUCAGUUCAAUAUUACUGAUGAUGUUGAGUUCGAAGACAGGAGGAUUUAUCAAAGAUUAAUUGGAAGGUUGUUGUAUUUAGCUAUGACAAGACCAGACAUCUCUUUUGCUGUGCAACACUUGAGUCAGUUCAUGCAUGCCCCAAAGAAAUCACACUAUGAUGCAGCAAUACAUGUAGUGAAAUACAUCAAGAGACAACCUAGAUUGGGACUAUUAAUGAGUAGAACAAAGUCAAGGAAGAUCAGUGCCUUUUGUGAUGCAGAUUGGGCAUUAUGCAUACUGUCAAGGAAAUCUAUAACAUGGUUUGGUAUAAAGAUUGGUGAAUCACUUGUUUCAUGGAAAUCAAAGAAGCAAAACACAAUCUCAAGAUCUUCAGCUGAAGCUGAGUAUAGAAGUAUGGCGAAUACUGUGGCAGAAUUGGUGUGGUUGCAGGGAUUAUUGAAAGAAUUGGGAGCACAAGUUGAACUACCUGGAUCUACACUGUGA